AUGCCAGUGCAGGUGCAAAGCGACUUGUUUGGUGGAGACCGGUCGUCGCAAAAGCUCGUUCAUCGAGAUGACCCCGUCGUUCCGUCAAGCCGAACGGUAGACUUGGUGGCAACUACUAAACGCAAAGUACUUGUGAAAAAAAGCCGAUCGGAGAUGGAGUCAACAGGCGAGCGUGUCAGGAAAUUGAAACCUCUGCCGAGCGACGAGACCGUCUUCUACUCGAAUAUCUGGUCUCCACCUGAAACACGACGUGACGUGUCGGCUGCUAAGAAGUCGAAGCAACUCGUGGACAUCAGUCAGGUGGCACACGUGUUGACGUCGUUGGACUAUAAGAGUGGCUACGAGAAACCCGAGGAUGCAGACUUGUUCAAUAUUUGGGCGCCGCUGGGUUCACAGCAGAAUAUACAACGUGCAGCACAGUUGAGCAAGACACAACAACAUACGAUCGGCAACGUAUCGGCACGGAUAUCCGAGCGCAGCAGUGACGAAAGUUUAGCAGUGGUUACCCCUUCUAGCGUACUGAGCCUGGGUCCAUUACGAAUGGAUGUCAACACGCUCCGAAGACCGCUGUCGUCAAAUGGUGUUGCUAGCAUGAAACACGAUCCUGUGUCGGCCCCGUAUCGAAAAGGUGCGAACGUGGUGUUCUCGAGCGUAUUGACGAGCAAUGGAACCGUGGACAUGAGCUGGAACUCGCAGUUCUUGUUGGGACUGCACGAACCGGUUCGCCAUGCUCUCUUCGUGAUUGAUCGGUUCUUGGAGCGCAGCCGUGACUGGAAGUCGCCGACAAAUUGGAAUGUGCGCGAGUUUUUCAGCUGGUUUAAGCUGCACUUUGUUGAAUUCGUGCGGAACCAACGCGAUGUGAAGGCGACGGUCCUCUUUCCGCUGGUGGUGAUCAAGUUUGGGGAAAAACGUGACAUCUUUGCACUGUACGAAGCUAUUUUUGCACUCAUGGAUGUGGUUAUCGCACAAGAAGAUGGCUUGCUGCUGUCGGCUGCGUCGUCAGCUGGUUCAUGGAUAGCUUGCCUCAGUCUUCUUCAAGACGAUAUUCGGCGUCUCAACCACCUCCUGCUCAAUGUGCUCGCACGAGAAGAAGAAGUUUUCAAGCCUGCGAUUGAGCUCGCGUUUUCCGAGAAAGCUUUCCGUCGAUAUGUCAUGCCGCGGAUCUUUCGUGCGAUUCGACCGAAGCGCGUUAUGAUCCCCUGGAUCGUGGAGCGAAGCCGUGUUUGGGGCGACAACAAGGUCGCAAAUGCGUAUAGGGAUGACUUGUCAUUUACAGCACGGUUUCUCUACGAACAUGUCUGGCACCCGUAUUUUGCGAACAAUAUCGCAUCGGCCAUGAAGCACCUGGGCAACGAUCUGGACGGUGUGGCUGCCAAAGCCUCAGACGAAUCGUGUUUCGGGUGCGUUGUCAUGUAA